AUGUCGCACUUUACCAUCGGCACGUUCGUCGCCUCCACGGCCACCGCCCUCGCGCCCUUCCUCGUCGUCUACUACAUGCCGCAAAAGACGCAGACCCCUUCGUCCACGCUGUCGGCUCUCCCCAAACCGCGUCCCCUGGCGGCUCUGCGCGACGCGCGCGAAACUGCAAAGACCGCACCGGAAUUCAACCUCCUCUGA